AUGUCGCGGAGGCUGCUGCCCCGGGCGGAGAAACGGCGUCGGCGGCUGGAGCAGAGGCAGCAGCCGGACGAGCAGCGGAGGCGGUCGGGAGCGAUGGUGAAGAUGGCGGCGGCGGGCGGCGGAGGCGGCGGCGGCCGCUAUUACGGCGGCGGCAGCGAAGGCGGCCGAGCCCCUAAGCGGCUCAAGACUGACAACGCCGGCGACCAGCACGGAGGCGGCGGCGGCGGAGGAGCCGGGGCGGCGGGCGGCGGAGGCGGGGAGAACUACGAUGACCCGCACAAAACCCCCGCUUCCCCAGUCGUCCACAUCAGGGGCCUGAUUGAUGGUGUGGUAGAAGCUGAUCUUGUAGAGGCCUUGCAGGAAUUUGGACCCAUCAGCUAUGUGGUGGUGAUGCCUAAAAAAAGACAAGCGUUGGUGGAGUUUGAAGAUGUGUUGGGGGCUUGCAAUGCUGUGAACUACGCAGCCGACAACCAAAUCUACAUCGCUGGUCACCCUGCUUUUGUGAAUUACUCGACCAGCCAGAAGAUCUCCCGCCCUGGAGACUCGGAUGAUUCCAGGAGUGUCAAUAGUGUGCUUCUCUUCACCAUCUUGAACCCCAUCUACUCCAUCACUACGGAUGUUCUGUACACUAUCUGUAACCCUUGUGGCCCUGUCCAGAGAAUCGUCAUUUUCCGCAAGAAUGGAGUGCAGGCCAUGGUGGAAUUUGACUCCGUGCAAAGUGCCCAACGGGCCAAGGCCUCCCUCAACGGGGCUGACAUCUACUCGGGCUGCUGCACUCUGAAGAUUGAAUAUGCAAAGCCUACACGCUUGAAUGUGUUCAAGAAUGAUCAGGAUACUUGGGACUACACCAACCCCAAUCUCAGUGGACAAGGUGACCCUGGCAGCAACCCCAACAAACGCCAGAGACAGCCCCCUCUGCUGGGAGAUCAUCCUGCGGAAUAUGGUGAGGGCAGGGGGCUCCCCUCCGUGGACUCCCGUGGCUCCUGUGCCCCUGCCCACCGUCCGUCUCGCAAAUUCUCACCCGUCCCCCCUCUCUUUCCUUCCCACCCCCCAGGAGGGCCCCACGGUGGGUACCACAGCCAUUACCAUGAUGAGGGCUACGGGCCCCCCCCACCUCACUACGAAGGGCGAAGGAUGGGCCCACCCGUGGGGGGUCACCGCCGGGGCCCAAGUCGCUACGGCCCCCAGUAUGGGCACCCCCCACCCCCUCCCCCACCACCCGAGUAUGGCCCUCACGCCGACAGCCCCGUGCUCAUGGUCUAUGGCUUGGACCAGUCUAAGAUGAACUGUGACCGAGUCUUCAAUGUCUUCUGCCUGUAUGGCAAUGUGGAGAAGGUCAAAUUCAUGAAAAGCAAGCCUGGGGCUGCCAUGGUGGAGAUGGCUGAUGGCUACGCUGUGGACCGUGCCAUCACUCACCUCAACAACAACUUCAUGUUCGGGCAGAAGCUGAACGUGUGCGUCUCCAAGCAGCCUGCCAUCAUGCCCGGCCAGUCGUAUGGGCUGGAAGACGGUUCCUGCAGUUACAAAGACUUUAGUGAGUCGAGAAACAACCGCUUUUCCACUCCAGAGCAGGCGGCCAAGAAUCGUAUCCAGCACCCGAGCAAUGUGCUGCACUUCUUCAAUGCCCCCCUGGAAGUGACUGAGGAGAACUUCUUUGAGAUCUGUGAUGAGCUGGGAGUAAAGCGACCGUCGUCUGUAAAAGUCUUCUCCGGCAAAAGUGAACGCAGCUCCUCAGGGCUGCUGGAGUGGGAAUCCAAGAGCGAUGCCCUGGAGACUUUGGGCUUCCUGAACCAUUACCAGAUGAAAAACCCAAAUGGCCCAUACCCGUACACCCUGAAGUUGUGUUUCUCCACUGCUCAGCACGCCUCCUAACUGGGUACCUAGGAAGUAGUUCCCAUUUGAGCAGGAAAACAUUGCUUUUCCUUUAUGCUGGUUAUUUUUUCCCUUUCUGCAAAAGUUCCUGUAUUCCUUUUUUUUUUUAAAUGCUAGGUUAGAGGCUUUUAACCAUAAUGGAAAUGCUAAAAGUCAAGAGGGGGAGGGGAAGGGGAACUGAGAACUCCCAGAUUAACCUUCACUUUUGGAAAUUAUUGUACAUGUGAUUUUUUUUCCCCCUUGUUCAUACAUUUGUGCUGCCCGCGUACUCUUGGCACAUUUCAAUAAAACAGUUUGAAAAUAAA